AUGAAUUAACAAGAAUAGGAAUUCUUUCAUACACUUAAACAAUGCCAGAAAAUGCAUUGGAUUCAAUCCAAACAAAUGUCAAAUGUGAAGAUAUUUUAUACAGGAACUAAUAGUUUCUAUUAAAGAGGAGACAUUAUUCUUAAUAAUCUAUUACCCCUCAAUUCCAUAUUAGACGAGAGAGUCUAAUAUUUUAGAAUAGACAAACAAUAAAUAUCUGAUGGAAGUUUUAUCGAAAGAUGCAAAUUCAAAAAUUAAAUCUAUUCUCUUAAGUAUUAAUAUCACUUCUUCAAAAUCAAUGAAUCAAGUUAAGGAAUUUAUAGAAAGUACGACGAUGCGAUUAUGGUUUAAUAAUUAGUAUUUUCUAAAAUUGAAAAAUCAAGAACAAUCUUAACAAUUAUUUAACAUCUAAAAUCAAAACCAAAUUAUGCAUUUUUUAAGUUUUUAAGAGAAUGCAUUAUCAAUUAUUCAAGUUUGGAAAAUGCAGAGUUAUUUGAAAAAUAAUCAAUUUUAUCUGAGUUCCGUUUAGAUGAAGAGGAAGAUGAAUCAAAUAAAUAUGUAUGCAAUUACAAUGACACUUGUGAGUAUUCACCCAAAGAAACUGAUGAAAAAUACAUCAAUGAACAUUAUCGAGUUACCUAAUUGGAUUAAGAAGACUAAGACAUUUAUUAUAAAUUAUUUUAAAAAGUAUGUGAAUACAAACUCUCUAGUAAUACUUUGAUAAGAUGGCUUAUUGCAAGAGGAUUUGAUAUUGAUGCCUCAUAUGCUGCAAUAAUGAAUUGGAUUGAAUGGAGAAGACAACAUCGAAUUAAUCGGUUAUCAGCAAAGCAAUUUCCAGAAUUCAAAGGAAUACUAGAAAUCGUAGGGGAGAGCAAAUGCGGGAGAUAAGUUGUAUACACUAAAUAAUCUAAAUUAUAACCAGAUAAAAUAGAUCUCGAGAGAUAUAAAUGGUACUUUAUAGCUUUUCUUGAGGAUGUGUGUCGAUCAUGUAAAGGUUUUGUAGAUUCCUAUAUUACAAUUCUGGAUGUAGAUGGAUUUGGGUUCUCCAACUUUGAUCUCUAAAUGACUAAAAGCCUUCUUAAUAUGGUGUUACAGUUUUUUCCAGAGAGACAAAAUAAGGUAUUCAUCAUUAAUAUGUCUGGUUUUGUAAUGGGAUUCUACAAAAUGUUAAAGCCUUUCUUGCCCACAAGGACAAAUGAUAAACUAAUCUUUUUGGGAAAGGAUAGAUAGGAAAUUGAAAAGACAUUAAUGGAGCAUCUAGGAUUCAGUAUAAACUUUGAAUGA